AAGACAGCAAUCUCCGGCGCGUUACUGGACCAGCUGCAGUUCUUUUCCCAGUACAGUGCAGCAGCCUACUGCUUGGGAAACAACAACAGCCCGAAUACGAAGAUCACUUGUCCGCAGGGUAACUGUGCUCGGGUGGAGGCUGCGAAUACGAACACCCUCACCGAGUUCGAGAACACCCUCCAAACCGACGCAACGGGUUUCGUUGCCACCGACACCACAAACUCCCUCAUCGUCAUCUCUUUCCGUGGCUCUCGCUCCGUCCGCAACUGGCUUACCAACGUCCAAUUCCCCGGCCGGUCCACCACCAUCUGCAGUGACUGCGAUGCCGCGACCGGCUUCUGGAACUCCUAUCUCGAGGCCCAGCAACUCGUCCUGAAUGCCGUCAACACGGCUCGCUCUCGCUACCCUACCUUCAAGGUUGUAGCUGUGGGUCAUUCCCUCGGCGGUGCCCUCGCCAGCUUGGCCGCUGCAGACUUGAGGAGCAGGGGAAUCAAGGUCGACCUUUACACCUACGGCGCUCCCAAGGUAGGAUUCUCAAGUCUCGCCAACUACCUCACCUCGACUGCAAAUGGAAACACCUACCGCGUGACGCACAAGAACGACCCUGUUCCGCGUCUGCCCCCGGCCCUGCUCGGCUACAGGCACAGCUCGCCCGAGUACUACAUCUCCAGCGGGAACGACGUCCCUGUCACUAAGAACGACGUCAACGUGUACACGGGGCUGCUGAAUUUGGGAGGAAAUGAGGGAGACAUUGGCUUCGACGUCGACGCUCAUCUUGACUAUUUUGGUCAUAUCAGUGCCUGUGAGGGGCAGGAGGGAAUUGAGGUCAAGAGGGGCGUGGAAGGGGAAUUCACCUCUCACGUAGUGUGA